GAUGAAUCAUUGCAUUUUAAAUUUGAUAUGCUGGAUAUGGUUUAGCAUGUGUAAAUUAAUUUAGUUUGACUUUUGUGUUAAACUCUGAAAUUUAGCGAUCGGGUAAUCUAUUUGCAGGGAUUAGUGGUUUUGUUCAGUUGAAGUAAUCGAGUGAUUCGGUUGAAACAAGUUCUCUUGAAUACUUUAGUUCAUAAGAAAAGCUUUGAUUUCGGUAGUAUGCUGCACGUACCGACGACGAUCGAGGAUCAGUUAAUUCUCAGAGCAAUCAAGGAAGAAUGUUCUUGGGAGAGUCUCCCUAAGCGUCUCCAGUCGACUCUGAAUUCCAAGGAUGAAUGGCAUAGAAGGAUAACUGAACAUUGCAUAAAGAAAAGGCUCCAAUGGAACACAUCUUUUGUCCGUAAAGUAUGCAGAGAAGGAGAAUACUAUGAGGAUAUGAUGCGAUAUCUUCGAAGGAACUUAGCACUGUUUCCUUAUCAUCUUGCAGAUUAUGUUUGCCGUGUAAUGAGGAUUUCUCCAUUCAGAUACUAUUGUGAUAUGAUAUUCGAAGUCAUGAAAAAUGAACAACCUUAUGAUAGCAUUCCAAAUUUUAGUGCGGCAGAUGCCUUGCGACUCACUGGUAUAGGCAGAAACGAAUUCAUCGAUAUCAUGAACAAAUGUAGAUCUAAGAAAAUAAUGUGGAAGCUGAACAAGUCCAUAGCCAAGGAAGCAUUGCCCACACAUCCUGUGGACUUUGCAAUUGAACCAUGGUGGGGAGUUUGUCUUGUCAACUUUACGUUGGAAGAGUUUAAGAAACUUUCAGAAGAAGAAACAGCAACAAUUGACAAGAUCUGUAAGGAGGAAGCAAAUGCAUUCAUACUUUUUGAUCCUGUUGUCAUCAAGGGACUUCACCGGCGAGGGCUAGUCUACUUUGAUGUACCUGUUUAUGCUGAUGACCGUUUUAAAGUGUCCAGGCUAGAAGGGUUUGUUUCCAACAGAGAGCAGUCAUAUGAAGACCCCAUUGAGGAGUUGCUUUAUGCUGUUUUUGUGGUUUCAAGUGAGAACUCAACUGUUGCUGAACUGGCGACAACGUUACAGGCUGAACUCUCCCAACUGCAGGCUGCUGCAUCUUUUGCUUGUCGAUUAGGUUGGGCAGUAAAACUAAUCGACCCUGGAUCUAUUCUUCAAGAACAAACUACUAGUGCCCUCAGUGAUGAAGAAGAAGGUUCUCUUGCUACUGUGGCCUCUGGAACCGAUGCUGGUUUAUUUCAACAGGAUACUUCAGGGAUAGACAACCAUGGGCCAGGUUCUGCUUACGCGCGUGUUGCAUUUGUGGUUGAUGCUAACAUAACAUCCUAUCUUAUGAUGGGGUCUGUUUCACCUGGCUUAAAAUCUCAUGCAGUAACACUAUAUGAAGCAGGAAAACUAGGUUAUGCUAGCAUUGAAGAUCUUUGCAAAGAUCUAAGCACAUUAGAAGGAACAAAAUUUGAGGGAGAGCUGCAGGAGUUUGCCAACCAUGCAUUUAGCCUGCGGUGUGUUCUAGAGUGCUUAACCUCUGGAGGACUUCUUCCUGAUGAAUUGGACAUGCCUGACAUUGGUUCUUCAAGCAAUGAAGAGGUUACAUCUAUAGUGGCUGAGAUCUCACUAAGAGAAGAAUCUGGAACUGUUAUCAGUGAGCCGGGACCACUUGCCAACAAUUCUAUGCAGCCAGAAACACCUAAGCAGGGUUCUGAUACCACUUGUACAAAUGGAAAUAAUGAUGAUGUUAACUUGUUGCCUUCUAAAUCUCAAGAGGAUAGUUCCAAAUUGGAUCAGGGAUUGCAGGAUGCAGUAUCUCCUGAUGUUGGAAAAAUAAUGAAGAAAGUGAGGAAAUACCGUGUGGAUAUCCUGCGUUGUGAAAGCUUGGCUACUCUUUCUUCAACAACACUAGAUAGGUUAUUUCGACGUGACUAUGACAUUGUUGUGUCAAUGGUUCCCCUUCCUCAUUCUUCUUUAUUGCCUGGACCUAAAGGUCCUGUUCAUUUUGGCCCUCCUUCUCAUUCUUCUAUGUCACCAUGGAUGAAUUUAGUAUUGUAUUCGGCUAUCGGUAGUGGUCCUGUGUCAGUUGUUCUAAUGAAGGGUCAGUGUUUAAGAUUGCUCCCUGCACCAUUGGCUGGUUGUGAGAAAGCCCUUGUGUGGUCUUGGGAUGGAUCUACGGUUGCAGGCUUGGGAGCCAAGUUCCAAGGGAAUUUAGUCAAAGGAAGUAUACUCUUACAUUGUAUAAAUUCACUUCUUAAACACACAGCCGUACUAGUGCAGCCCUUCAGCAGGUAUGACCUUAACAAGUCUGGAAAUAUGAACACCAUAGAUGUCCCGCUGCCGUUAAAGAACUCUGAUGGUUCAUUUGCUGACAUUGGGAAAGAAUUGGGACUAGGUGCAGAGGAAAGUUCCAAGUUGAACUCUCUUUUGCGCAAUUUAGCAGAUAAAAUACCACUGUGGACCAUUGGUUAUAUUCGCAUAUUGAAGCUCUUCAAAGAAGGAAACACAAACAUGUUUGCACCAGAUGAUGUGAAAUAUGAAUGGGUUCCAUUGUGUGUAGAGUUUGGGAUUCCCCUAUUCAGUCCAAAAUUAUGCAACUAUAUAUGUAACAGAGUGGUUUCCUCACAAUUACUUCAAACAAAUUUGUUUACCGAGCAUCAUGAUACAAUGCAAGAACUGAGACGAAGGUUACGUGAUAUUUGUUUAGAAUAUCAAGCAACUGGUUCUAGUGCAAGGAUGCUUUACCAUAGAGAUCAACCAAGGACUCAAAAGAGACAACUUAUGACAUAUGCAAGUCAGAGAUGGAAUCCUAUCACAGAACCCUCUUCUCCAAUUUCUGGAACGAAUGAUCUACAGAGGUUGAAACUUGCCAACAGGCAGCGUUGUCAUACAGAAGUCCUGAGCUUUGAUGGUAACAUUUUAAGAUCAUAUGCUUUGGGUUCAGCUUAUGAAGGCACGACCAAAAUGAAUGAAGAGAUGACUAGUGGUAAAGUUGAAUCAGAUGAUAAGGACAGCGGAGAAACUGUCCUUCCUGGUGUUACUCUUGUCUUUGAUGGAUCUGAGUUGCGUCCAUUCGACAUAGGUGCUUGCCUUCAGGCCCGACAACCGGCAUCUUUGAUUGCAGAGGCUUCAGCUACAUCUUCUGCAAUCAAAUAGGAUACCAAACUGUAUAAUCAAGAGUUUCUAACCGGGAAAAGUUUGUUCUUCACUUCUGCUAAUUUGAUUCAGUUUCACACAAGCUCUGUUGUUGCUGGCAAAGAAAAAGUGGAAAUGUUCUCCAUGUUCAUAGAGCAAUCUAUUGGUAACAACUGAAAAAAAGAAGCCCGACAUUAAGCCAGCUGUUAUAUGGAAUCACCAAAUGUAUAGGACAACUUUUACCGCACAAGGUACAGGUCACUGUACUGCUCUUAACCACAAGUUUGUGUUUACAGAUAAUAUAUCUGAAAUGGUCCCAAACUGUGUUUUGGUUUUAGGUCAUAGGGAUACAAGUUUGUUUGCCUUCACUUGAAAGUCGGUUCCAUUUAUGAACGAUGGUCAUGUACAUUGAUUGGUCUACGUUCGGAUCCAAUCUUUUUGUUGUUUUGUGUGUAUCAUUACUAUGUCAAAGAAAUGUUUUCGACCUA